AUUGCGUGUUUUCCCCUCCCCGCAUCUAAAUUAAUCCAGCAGCGCUUAAAGUUAGAUUUUUUUUUUUUUUUUUUUUUAUUAAUUUGUCGUCGCAGUACCUUUAUCUGUUGUCAGUACGGUACUAAAAUUGGCCGUAAGUGAUGUGAGGAAGUAAGGAAAGGCAGGUCCGACACUAUCGUCAAGAACAGUAUACUAUAUUAACUUUAUGCACCGUUAACCCGCAAACAUGUCGGAACCGAGAAUCAAGAGAAUCAAAAUCAAUCUCCCCCUCUGUAAAUCGCAUAUGUUUGUUGUCGGGAGUCAGGCGAAGCAAAACUUUCCGUCUGUUGUGGAAGAAAGUCUGUGUGGUGUUUCCACUUUACUUCUGGAGGUCUCAUACAAAUUUGAAGCGCUGGCCAAAAGUUUUGAGCAUAAUGACUUGGCUUUACCCAGAGUGGCAGCAUUUUUUCAUCAGGAAUCUGUAAAAGAGCAAGAACGGGCAGAGGCAAUGCUGCAGUACCUAUCCCAGCGUGGCGGAAUGUUCUGCAGUAAGAACCUUCAGAGGCCAGGCACUGAACAGGUGUGUGCUGUUCUUCCUGCUCUGGAGUUCAUGCUGAACCAGUGGAAGGAAGAGCAGUCCAUUAUGGUGGAGCUGAGUCAAAUGGCGCUUGAGUAUGGAGAUCCACAUACUGCCAGCAUAAUCAAAAGUCAGUUUCUUCAGCCCCUCAUCCCAAAGGUCAAGCUCGUAGGUGACCUCUUGACCAAUGCACGCAGAGUGGGUUGCACCUAUGACAGUGCAGGGGGCUUCGGCGAGUACCUUAUCGACCAGCUACAAGAAAACCUGACAAUUGCCUAGACUUCCUCUUUGUAUUCUACCUACAUUACAUUUAAAGAAAAGCCAAUGAUCAUUACUAGAACAAGAGUUCCCUGAAGAUGUACUAUAGAGCUGUUCAGUUUGUAGUCCAAAAACCUGGAAGAUAAUUCACCACGGGUUCCCUCAGGAUUUUCCUAUGGGUUCUUGUAAUGUUUUUAUUUUAACUUAUGUGUAAAUAAGGUAUGUGGUUAACAUUACUUUUGAUAUGUAGACGUUUUGUUCUCCAACAUAAAUUACACACAGUGUAGGAAAUUCCCAAAGCAAUCCAUGUCAAAUUAGACUUCCGGGUUCAUCUAUAACUUGACGUUACGGCAGAAUAGCUGUAUUGCAAGGUGCUAUUUAUGUAUAAACAAGAGGUCACUCCAUUUGUUGCAAAUGUUAUUUUAAUGUUAUGCUACUAAAAAUAAAUGAAUACUCAAGGAAGUCUCAGAGAUUAAAGGAAUAUUCCGGGUUCAAUACAAGUUAAGCUCAAUCGACAGCAUUUGUGGCAUAAUUUUGAUUACCACAACAAUUAAUUUUGACUUGUCUCUUCUUUAAAAAGAGCAAAAAUCUGUUACAGUGAGGCAAUUACAAUGGAAGUGAAUGGGGGCCAGUCCGUAAAUGUUAAAAUACUCACGUUUUCAAAAGUAUAGACACAAGACAAACAAUAUGUGUGUUAACAUGAUCUUAGUGUGAUAAAAAUCACCUAUUAACCUUUUUUGUGUAAAGUUAUAGCCAAUUUUACAACUUCAUUGCCAUGACGAUGUAAUGUCAACAAACCCUAAAACCAUAAAACGACUGUAAAAAUGACAAUUUUAACAACUUUACAGCUCAAAUAAUACAUGAGUUUAACAGAAGAAUUCAUGUAAGCGCUAUUAUAAAAUUAUAAGCUUCACAUUUCUGCUUUUAAACACUCCAAAAAUUGGCCCCCAUUCACUUCCAUUGUAAGUGCCUCACUGUAACCUCAAUUUUUGCUUUUUUUAAAGAAAAGGAGUGAUGAGUCAAAAUUAUUUGUUGUGGUAAUCAAUAUUAUGCCAUAAAUGCUGUCGAUUGAGCUUAACUUGUAUUGAACCCGGAAUAUUCCUUUAAAUGUCUUUGUUGAAGGUUCUUUUUUUUUUUUUUUGCUGGUCAUUUAUCAUUGCUUUAAAACAUAAAUUAAAAAUAUUUUAAUGUGGAACACUGCAGUGGCUUAUGUAUCAUGUAUGAGUUGUUUGAUGCACUGCUGUUUGUUGCCUUUUAAUUCGAAAUAAAAUGUAGCAUUUCUCAAUUGUCUAACAAUUGUGAUUAAACAAAGUAAAAAUAUAAUAUAUAAAAUAUUACAUUAUAAGUAUUACUGUGUGUCUGAUUUAAAAGUAGCCUAUUGUUUCAAAUUAAAAUACUGAAUUUUCUGUUUUUUCAGCAAAAAAUUUUCUCUCACUGAUAUAUAGACUUUCUCUCUCUCUCACUCCGUCUAUAUAUAUAUAUAUAUAUAUAUAUAUAGCAUAUAUAUAGCAGCAUUUUGAACUCUUUGAUCAUUGAAUAUUAUUCAGAACUGCCUAUAUUUUGUAAGUCUUGUUAUAUUGUUUUAUUUUCAGUACAGGAAUAAAUAAAGUUUCCUAUAAAAUUA